AUGACCCUGGAGGUAAGAGAAUUGCUGGAGGAAAGCUCAAUCAAGUCUACGACUCCUUUAAAAAGAUUGUACAACGCCAAAUGCAGCAGGGUUCGUUCCGAUGUAUCUUCAUACACUCCUUAUAAAAAAGUAGUCAAAGGACUGCAGAAACGACGAUCUAAAGCCUAUCCACCGAGACCAGAUACGCUUAUAGAGCUAGGUGAAAUGUUGAAUAACGAUGAGCAGAUAUUAGGAAAGACUAUAGAUGGAGAAAACUUCUACCUAGAUGCACAAGAAAAUGUUCUUCUCCUUUUAUCUCCUGAAACUAAACAAAAUUGGAAACUGGCAGCCGAUGCAUGCGUCAUUAGUGAUUUUGAGUCCGGCUCUUACGCAGCAUUUCAUGCCCUGUUUCCAGCAGCCAGAAUGCAGGGCUGCUGGUUUCAUUUUUCUCAGGCGAUAGAGAAACGUGUGAAAACUUUGGGGCUCACAGGAUUAGCCAAAGAGAAUGCGGAAGUAAGGAGGACCAUUAAGAUGUUAAUGGCGAUCGCCUUACUCCCAGAGAAUGAAAUUGCUCAAGCUUACGAUAUGGUGAGGACCCAUGCCUACAUAACAAACCUUCUUGGCAUUCCUAAAUUGGUUGAGCUUUUGGAUUAUGUGGAAGCUUACUGGUUAAAUGGUAAGGUAUUUUGAAAAAAAAAUUGAAAAGGGAAGUGUGACUAUUUAUAUGGUGACUAAUUUGCUUGUUUGUUGUUUUAAAUGUACUCAGUGAUCACUCCACAACGACUUACAGUGGCAAACAGUGGUGCUAGAACGAAUAACGACCAAGAGGCUUUUCAUAAGCAAAUAAUAUUUAUGCGUUUUUGGGUGAGAAAUUAUUGUUAGAAGUCUUAAUUUUCAUUUCCCUUCCUAGGUAAUAGGUAUCUAAUUAAUGUUAUUUUAUUCACUUCUUAGAGGCUUUGAGGGAAGUGCAACAUGUCCAUGCGAGUAACAUCAAAUAUGUGCUGCGAACGAAUGAUACUGUGACUUUCCCAAAAGCUAGAAAGUGGAGGGAGCAUGACCAACGAAUUUUGAAUUCCAUUGCAACAUACGCUGAAGACCACGACAUAUACCAUCAUCUCCGUCGAAUCGCUCACAGCGCGGAAUUCGAUUUAAUGAGUAAUUCAUAUUUCAUUAGACAUUAUUACCUAAUAAUUAAGUCAGCAUAGUUAUAAUCAAAUUUCAAUCAUAUGUUGUAGAUAUAUUAUUGCAAGAGGUGAAUGGAGAAGAAGAUGUUGACGGAGAUUUACAACCCAACAUUGAAGAAUUGAUGGAAGAAUUGGUGGAAGAAGUUCAUGAAGUGUAUGAAUAAUUUAGUUACCUUGUUUUUGUUUUUUGUUCUAUUAUUUAUAUGUAUGUAGAUGUAGGUACUAAGUUAUAUAAGAAUAUGACUGAGUAGGUAUGAGUAAGGGAAUCAAACCCUCCUCUUGAAUUUUGAAAUUCUGAAGGAAUCAAACAUCGCGCCGAGAACUCCCAAACAGUUCGAAAGUGUUAAAUUUGGGUUGUGGGGUUGGUUUUUAAAUUUCCUCACAAACAGGAAAAUUAAUUUUUGGAUUUUUUCCUAUACAUUUUCCAGUAAAAAAAAAAAAACACACUUGGUGUUUAUGGAUACAUCCUACCAAAAUUUUAGCAGUCCAAAUUGAUUUUUUUGAUUUUUAGAAAAUUUUUGAAUAUUCAAAAUUCAUUAAUUAUAAUAUAUUAUAUUUUUGGAGACGAAUGCUUUAAAAAAACCCUGGUAGGUAGGUACAUAUCCAUCUAGUAAAUUUUUUCAAAUAGCUUCAUGUUAUUUAAAAACAACGCAACAUCCAAAAUUUCACAUUUUUGAGCUGUUGAGGAGCCUUUGGCGCGAUUUUUGAUUCCUUUAGAAUUUUGAAGUUCAGUGGAGGGGGGAUUAAUUAUAGACAAGAAUCAGCCAUUUGUGCAAAUUACUAAAAUUACCCCCACACAGAAAAGUUCUGAUUUAUUUUGGGACGGCGAAUUCAUUUCCGGCGUCAGAUUUUAAUCAAAGCGCACUGUUCUCUCGGAAUGGCAAUAGUUUUGGGCUCAAGCUCAACAAAUACAUGAUAAACUGCAAAUAAGUUGUCAAAUUUUUCUGUUUUAAAAAUGUUUUCUGCCUAACUCGAGGUCGCUGAACCCAAAAGUGGCAUUGAUUUUUUAACCCAACCUCAAAUCUGUCAGAAAAUUUAAUUACAAGUGCGAAAUUCUGUGUGUUUAUUAGGUCAUUUUUGAGCUAAAAAAAAGUACUUUUUCAGUAAAAAGAAGCGCUAUCAGGGCGAUUGGACACUGGAAUUGAAUUUCCCAUCUCAGAAAACUGACCCAUUAGAUCGACUUAGGUACAUAUUUUCAAAAUAUUUAUGUGCUGGUUCAAAUCCAAAACUUUCGACGACAAUCACUUUUCAAAAUAAUGAAAAAGUCAUACUUCAUGAACAAGUACUCAUAAUUCAUAAAUGAAAAAAGCUGAAAUUCGAUCUGUAGGCCUAUCAUAUUUUUCAUCUUUCCAGUCGAUUGUGGAUGAAGUACUGUUGUGGAGGCUUGAGCGAAUUUGUGGAUCCACCAGUUUUUGAAAAAACGUUGUGAGUAAAGUAGGGUAAAAAUGAAUGUCGGCGCCAUCCAGUAAACUUGGAUUUGUCAUUCUUGUAACCCAUUCGAUCGAUUUAGGAAACUAUUUUCAAAAUCUUUCUGUGCUGUUCAAAUCUAAAAUUCUCUCCAAUAUUUUAUAGAAGAGAAAAAAAUUAUCCUAUGCAAACGAGGCAUAAAUGAAAAAAAAUAAAAAUUGUUUGUGUUCCCUAUUUUUUACUUCGCGAGUCGAUUGGUGAUGGCCUUAAUCGAUCGAAUGGGGUGCAAAUGUAACAAAAUAAUCCGAGUAGGUGUUCAGUUUCAUUUUCACCCUGCUCACAACGUUCUUUUGGAAACUGGAGAAUCUGAAAAUCAUCUGAUGUCUCCCAAAUGGUAGCUACUUCAUCCUUCAACAAUCAACUGCAGAGAUAGAAAAUAUGGUACAACCGGAAUUUACUCUUUUUUCAUUUACUUGUCUGCGAACCAUAACUUUUUCAUUUUUGAAAGAAAUUCAUCAAUUGAGAAAAUUUUGAAUUUGAUUCGGCAUGCAUAAAUUGUGAAAAUAACUUUUUCAUUUUUGAAAGAAAUUCAUCAAUUGAGAAAAUUUUGAAUUUGAUUCGGCAUGCAUAAAUUGUGAAAAUAUGAUCCAUGUGCUUAAAUCGACCAAAUAGGUCAUACAAAGAUGGUAAACCUACAAUUUAUCGGUGCUGAAUAUUAUUCUCGCCCUGAGAUGCUCUAUGUAUUCUUCAUCGUCUGGUUGAAAAAUUUUAGUAGGUACACGUUGAGAUAUGUUAAUGGCUUGUAAAGAUUCCUAAGUAGGCCUACCUAUACAUAAGUAUAAAUAUUUUUUAUUUACUUACGGGGUUCAAAAUAUUCUUCAAAAACUCAACGCUUGAGGCUGGAGUUUGAAUUAUUACAUUUUAAAAUAGGUAUACGUAACCAUACUUUCGCAUUUUUUUAAACUUUGUCUGAUAAACUAUACACAUCAAUUAACUUUCAAUGUUACGUAGUUUUAUGUUUCGUUUGUUCUGGUUUAUUUUAUUAAAAGAUAAACGAUCAUAUUGAAAUUUGUUAUUCCUGGAAAUGUGUACUGUUCACUUACAUUCGAUUAUGGUUGAAUUUUGCAGCAUCACUAUAAAACCACUUAUUAGCACUGGUUUCUUUUUUUUUUUUUAAUAUCGGCUAACGUUGCAUGGUAAAUGCAAUCUCAAAGUGUAGUUGAA